AUGUGGUCACUCGGUUUCCUUGCCUUUUUAGGUGUUGCGGCCGCUGAGGAUGGCCUCAAUGGUUGGCUGCGGUAUGCAUCAUUGCCAUGUUCUGGUCAAUGCCGAUCCAACCUUCCCUCGACUAUCGUCACUCUCAAUACAACCAAGACAAGCCCGGUGUAUGUUGCGGGGACGGAACUAAAAAUUGGACUCAAAGGUGUUUAUGGGAAAAAUGUACAAGUCACGCAUAACAAGUGCAAGGUUUCUUCCUCGAUCAUCGUUGGCACUAUUGACCAAUAUCGCCGCUCCUGUGGUGCUGUGAAUGGUGUACCUGACCUUGAAGAAGAUGGCUUUUGGUUGAACACCAAGGGAGAUAAUGUUCAAAUCUUUGGACAGAAUGAAAGAGGCGCGCUGUACGGCGCGUUUGAAUAUUUGUCAAUGCUUGCACAGGGAAAUUUCUCUGAGGUCUCAUAUGCUUCGAAUCCUUCUGCGCCUAUUCGCUGGGUGAAUCAAUGGGACAAUAUGGAUGGCAGUAUCGAACGUGGCUACGGUGGCCCCUCUAUCUUCUUCAACAACGGCCAAAUUGUUCAAGACCUCACCCGUGUCGCUGAAUAUGCUCGUCUCUUGGCUUCGAUCAGGAUCAAUGCUGUGGUGAUCAAUAAUGUCAACGCCAACGCCACCCUCCUAGACCCCACCAACCUCGACGGGGUGGGCCGAGUCGCCGAUAUUUUCAGGCCUUACGGUAUUCAAGUUGGAUUGUCACUGAAUUUUGCAUCUCCUCAAACUUAUGGGGGGCUCAGCACUUUCGAUCCCCUCGAUGCAUCUGUCAUUGAAUGGUGGUCGAACAUUACUGCCCAAGUUUAUGAGCGAGUUCCCGACAUGGCUGGCUAUCUUGUCAAGGCUGAUUCCGAAGGGCAGCCGGGCCCGCAAACGUACAACAGAACCCUCUCAGACGCAGCGAAUCUUUUCGCCAAAGAAGUCAAGCCGUAUGGUGGCAUUGUCAUGUACCGCGCUUUUGUCUACAAUCAGCUCAAUGAAUCCAUCUGGACAGAUGACCGCGCAAAAGCUGCCGUCAACUUCUUCAAGGAUCUAGAUGGCGAAUUUGAAGACAAUGUUGUGAUACAAAUCAAGUUCGGGCCUAUCGACUUCCAGGUCCGCGAGCCGGCAUCGCCCUUGUUUGCGAAUCUUUUCAACACCAGCAUGGCCAUUGAGCUUCAGGUCACGCAAGAAUAUCUUGGCCAACAAUCCCAUUUGGUAUAUGUUGCUCCCCUUUGGAAAACAAUUCUGGAUUUCGACCUCCGUGUUGACCACCAACCAUCGCUCGUUCGCGAUAUUGUGACUGGCAAACGGUUCAAUCGCAAAUUGGGUGGAUCGGCGGCUGUUGUCAAUGUGGGUACCAACACCACCUGGUUAGGUAGCCACCUGUCCAUGUCAAAUUUAUAUGCCUACGGUCGUUUGGCCUGGAAUCCUGCCGAUGACACCCAAGAAAUCUUGCAAGACUGGAUCAGGUUGACCUUUGGACUGGACCGAAAGGUGCUUGAUACUAUCACUCGCAUGUCUAUGGAGUCCUGGCCUGCUUAUGAGCAAUACAGUGGCAACCUAGGUAUUCAGACGUUGACUGAUAUUCUAUACACUCAUUAUGGCCCUAAUCCUGCAUCCCAAGACAACAACGGCUGGGGUCAAUGGACCCGGGCAGACCAGACCACCAUUGGAAUGGAUCGGACUGUGGCAAAUGGAACUGGAUAUUCUGGCCAGUAUCCAGAUGAGAUCGCUGCCAUGUACGAAAGUAUCGAAAGUACACCGGACGACCUUCUGCUAUGGUUCCACCAUGUCAACUAUACCCACCGCCUGCACUCGGGUAAGACUGUAAUUCAACACUUCUAUGACUCACACUACACGGGUGCCGAGACAGCGCAGGGCUUCCUUGAGCAGUGGGAAUCGCUUCAAGGCAAAAUCGACACCGAGCGAUACAAUCAUGUACGACACUUCCUCGACUACCAGACUGGCCAUUCAAUCGUUUGGAGAGAUGCCAUCAAUAACUUCUACUACAACCUAUCUGGUAUUCCUGACCAGGCCAAACGUGUUAACCACCACCCAUGGCGUAUUGAAGCCGAAAGCAUGAAGCUCGACGGUUACAAGACCUAUAAUGUCAGCCCAUUCGAAACGGCCUCUGGUUCUGUUGCGAUUGUUACGAUCUCCAAUAAUACUGCCGGCACCGCUUCUACCAAAAUACCAUUUCCCUCUGGGACUUACGAUCUCGCGGUGAAUUACUAUGAUCUCUUUGGAGGCCAGUCCCAGUGGAAGGUCUAUCUCAAUGACAGGAAAAUCGGCCAGUGGACAGGAAAUAGUGAGGACAUAUUCAGUCACACACCUUCAAUAUAUCUGGACGGACAUUCGGCUACACGUAUAAAGUUCCGGAACGUCAAGGUUCGAAGGGGCGAUAUUCUGAAGAUUGUGGGAAUGCCCAAUGGAACUGAACCGGCUCCGCUGGACUACGUGGCUUUGUUGCCAGCGGGGAUCAUAGACUAG